AUGCUUCAUUAUCACGCCCUACGCUCCAGAGCAUUUGUUUUGUCAAGAAAUGGAUAUGAUGUAUGGCUUUCGACAAUCAGAGGUGGAACUUACUCCGAUCGGCAUAAGAAACUAACUGUUUUAGAUACAGAAUACUGGGAUUUCAGCUUUCAUGAAAUGGCAUUCCUAGAUCUUCCUGCAAUAACAGAAUAUAUCUCAAGGAGAACAAAUUAUAGAGAGAAAAUCAUCUAUAUAGGACAUUCGAUGGGAACAACCAUAGCCCAUCUUUAUUCGAACUCGAUGAAUGAACACGCUUCUGCGCAUCUGAAAGGAAUUAUCUUGUUAUCUCCAAUAAUAUACUCGCAGAAUAUCAAAGGUGUGACACCACUCUUGGUUCCAUUCACUGGAUUAGUAGAGGAUCUUCUUCCACUUUUCUUCGAUUAUUUUCCAAGAGCCGUAUCGGUGAAAACCUUGGUUCAUUUUGCGCAGUGCAUAACUGUAGGAAGGUUGCGAAUGUAUGAUUAUGGAAACGACAACAUUCUAAAAUACAAUACAAGUGAUCCUCCUUUCUACGAGAACAAUAUAAAUCGGAUACCUACACAUUUCUUUGUCGGAACCAAAGACUUUUUAGCAACAGAAGAGGAUGUAAAUAUCGCAUACGAUAUGCUAGUAUCUAGGGAAGUUCCUACAUCAAUUCAGUUCGUCAACUAUGCCCAUAGUGACUUCUUCUAUGGAAGGAAUUUCGAUGAUUUUUAUGGAAAGCUAUUGAAACUCAUGAAUAAGAUUUCAGAAACUUGA